UUUCUCCUCCUCUCUUUUCGACUCGUUUUUCAUCAAAUAUGUGGGACGCGCGUUCUCUGCGAGGCGUCCGCGGACUGCUCUCCUCCUCAGUGGCCGCUUGACCAGAGGGGGAUCCCGGCUCCCUUUCAACCCUCUUCUCCCCCAAGGAACAAGAGGAGUUUGCAUGCAAAAGGUGGUUUAUCUCGGCAAGCCAUGGAGGGACUUCCCUAAAGAGGAUCCAACAUAAAUCAACAUUCUUGGGACUUUUUUAUUGUUGUUUUUUUAGAGUAACAUCUCCCCCUUUUCCAUCACCAUGGCUGAGAAGAUUGGACCGGGGUUGAAGUCCUCGAGCAUCAGGUCCAACUCUUCUCUUCCCCCUGAGCCCAUCGAUAUCGUCCGUAUCAAAGCAAGGUCUCGCAGAGUUCGCCUCAACGUUGGGGGGCUGAAUCACGAGGUCUUAUGGCGAACUCUGGACCGAUUACCCAGGACUCGCCUCGGGAAACUUCGAGACUGCAACACCCACGACUCCCUGAUGGAGGUGUGCGACGACUACAGCCUCAACGAGAAUGAGUACUUCUUCGACCGCCACCCGGGAGCUUUCACCUCCAUCCUGAACUUCUACCGCACGGGGAAACUGCACAUGAUGGAGGAGAUGUGCGCCCUUUCCUUCGGCCAGGAGUUGGACUACUGGGGGAUUGACGAGAUCUACCUGGAGUCCUGCUGCCAGGCGCGAUACCACCAGAAGAAGGAGCAGAUGAACGAAGAGCUUCGCAGGGAGGCGGAGACGAUGAGAGAUCGAGAGGGCGAGAUCGAGUUUGAUAACACCUGCUGUCCCGACAAGAGGAAGAAACUCUGGGAUCUCCUGGAGAAACCCAGCUCCUCGGUGGCUGCCAAGGUAAGAAACCGAGACAGCAAGUGUGAUCACGCGCCGCCCCCAUCUCACAUUCCCCGAGCACGGAUCAUAACACAUUACAAGCACACCUAUUAA